UUCUUCUGUUAUUGUUCUUGGUUUUUGUGGGGUUCUGUUUUUCUUUCUGGAGACUUGUGAAUGAGGUCUUGUUUUGUUCCGUUCCUUAGGUUUCGUGCAAAUGUUGUUUCGUUGUUGAAUAUUGAUUUUCUAAUCAGAAAUGGUUUAUCAAUUUGUAAUUUGUAUAAGAGGAAGAACAGGGUUUUGGAUUCGUGCUGCGAUUUCAGUCCAUUUUUUAGGGCUUUCGGUGGAUGAAGUUUGAUUUAAUCACAUGGUUUUUGAAAUUUGACUGAAAUAGGGUUGUUCUGAUGGAUUCAAAUGAGCCUAUGAUUUCAUUAAGUGAUUUAUCUCCACAAUUUUAAAGCAUUUGAUAUGAACUGAAACUUUUUUGUAAGACGAUGUUAGCGUUCAUGCUUUGUUACUUUUCCUUUUCUAUUUCUCUUCCAAAACAAAAUAAUCGAGUUAAGUUAGUGUAGGAUGUUUCGUUUUGUGUUCAUGAUUAGACACUAUAAUGGGCUCUGUAUGCAACCUGUAGCUGACCUGUAGCUGGAUUGAAUCCAUCGCGAUGCAAAUGCCCUCUUCCUUCCCCCAACCCAACUAAGGUGAAACACCUACUCCUAACAAAAGCGAAGCAAGCCGCGCUACUACCGCGCAUCCGUUUUUUAGCUGGCUUCAAAGAAGGAAAAGCUGGCACUCCUGCCCCUAACCUAGGAUUGAACUCAUUGAUGAGUGAUGGCUGCCAUAUGGUGAAGCAUUUCCAAUAAUAGCUUAAAGAACUCCAUUAAAGUUUAAAUGGCCAUGGCUCCAGGAAGCAGUACCUGCAAAGAAGUAGUUGAUUCUCAUCCUUCAGUUUCAGGGCAUGACAUAGCAAUGUCUAAAUCAGAGAAUAAUUCUACAUCUUCAAAAGUCCUACUUGGUUCGAGUGGGAAGCUUGGAGUUUAUUCAACCAAUGGCGUGCAAGAACUGCUCGAGUGCCCUGUCUGCACAAAUCUGAUGUACCCUCCAAUUUACCAGUGCCCGAAUGGCCACACGUUGUGCUCAAACUGCAAGAUCAGAGUUAGCAACUGCUGCCCGACCUGUCGUCAUGAACUCGGAAACAUAAGGUGCUUGGCAUUGGAGAAGGUAGCUGAGUCGCUGGAAAUCCCCUGCAGAUACCAGAAUUUGGGUUGCCAAGAUAUUUUUCCUUACUACAGUAAGCUUAAGCAUGAGCAACACUGUCGAUUCCGUCCUUACAACUGCCCUUAUGCUGGAUCCGAGUGCUCGGUCACGGGCGACAUCCCGUCUCUUGUUGCACAUCUCAAAGAUGAUCACAAGGUUGACAUGCACGACGGGUGUACCUUCAAUCAUCGCUAUGUGAAAUCAAAUCCACACGAAGUUGAAAACGCUACAUGGAUGCUAACGGUUUUCAACUGCUUUGGAAGACAGUUCUGCUUGCAUUUCGAGGCGUUCCAGCUAGGAACAGCGCCUGUUUACAUGGCGUUCUUACGAUUCAUGGGCGAAGAUAACGAAGCAAAGAAGUUCAGCUACAGUUUGGAGGUGGGUCACAACGGGCGAAAACUGAUAUGGCAAGGAAUUCCGAGAGGCAUCCGUGACAGUCACCGAAAAGUUCGUGACAGUCAAGAUGGUCUCAUCAUUCAAAGAAACCUGGCACUGUAUUUUUCGGGGGGAGAAAGACGAGAGCUGAAACUGAGAAUCACGGGUCGAAUAUGGAAAGAAGAAUGAGAGCAGGAGCAAGGGCCUAAGCUAAGCUCUUGUGGUGUUCAGGUGAAUGUAUCAUUGUACAGGUAAAACAAGUUCUCCAAGUGAUGAAAAAGCUCUUAGGAGAAACUUCCAAGCUAAUAUAAAAAAUGUAACCUACAAAAUGAAUCAAAAAAGCUUUUAUGUAUUUAUAGUUCGAGAUACGUUUCAAUCUAGUGUCGUGUAGUUUGAGCUUAGCUUCAAUUCCAUCAACCGUGUUUAAAUUAUGAGGAUUAAAUUAAGUUAAGACGUGUGACA